UCAUCAUCAUUUCGUAAACACGGUUCAACAUUUACGUCUUAUUCGUUUCGGUCAUCCGGGUUGGUUGAAAGCGUUGAAAUAUUAACUUCAAAUACCUUGACCCGCUUUUAUGUUAUCGCUAUGGAAAGACACUUCCCAUGGUAAAAGUGAAAUGAUGAAAAUGGUGGUCUUUCUAGUUGCAAUAGCAGCAACUAGAGCUUUGCCUCUCUCGAAAGUGCACGUGAAAUUUAUUUCCCCUCCGCAUGUUUAUGAGCACGGUAUUACAACAGAUGGAGAUAGAACAAUAGAUCAGAGAUCCUACGUUUCUAUUGGACGAAAAAGCGCAACGGGAAAUGCUAAAGAAUAUGGACAACGUUUACGUAAUAAAGAUAUCGUUGCGCCGGUUCAUAUUAAACCGGAAAAUGCUGAAUCUCUAUGGCCUGUAGGCGUUUUCAUUCCACCGAUUGAUAUCAACGAUCUCGGCUAUAGUUCACAAGAAUCAAGACAUGCGACACCUGAUUUCUCCAACGGACUUGAAUAUCAUGACCCGUAUCUGUUGACCGGUGAGGAAGCAAUGCUAGCUGUAAAAUACCUUUAUGAUCAAGGUGAAUUAUUUUAUGAUGAUAUUCCUCACGAAAGAGCAUUGUUAAAAAAUCAAGAAGAAAGAAGACGAAACGGCCUUCACGAUCAUAUAUUAAGAAGUUUAAGGUUAACUUCUUCAUUCUCUAGGAAAUCAUAAUGUACAGGAAUUUUAUUUAUUUACACUAAUUUUAUUUAUUUGCAUAUUGACUAUUGAAUCAUAAAAAGAUGGAACAUCAUAAGUGAAAUGUA